UGAAAGGGGGAGGGGGAGUUGGCUGCGUUGGAACAGUCCGCCUCUAAUGAGCAGAUUUGAGAGACACCAGUGUAAGAGAGAGAGAGAGACAUCCAAACAUAUGGGGGAAUAAGAUGACGACGGAGAAAAAGACAAUCAGCGUCACACGAAAAUCAUUCCAACAACAUGACUGAGUCAAGGAGGAACAGAAGAAGGUAAAUCAAGAACAAUGAAUCUGGUUUUCCCACCUGCAAGCGAACUGGAGCACAGGAUUUUUAUACAGAUCUGAAAAGAGAGCUGAGAGGAAAGCAGAGACAGCAACAAAACAGUGCCCAGAUAAGGAAUUAAUCACAUCAGUUUGUUUGCGAUCAAGCUGCACGCUUAUCCUGUGCUGGCGAGAGAGUGCGUAUAUAUGCAUGUGAUCGUGUGUGGAUAGAGACUGCAUUGCUGCUAGCUGACAGAGACUGAAGCUUGCAGAAUCCAUCGCUCUUUUUUCUGGUUUCUCUUGCACUCUGUCUCCCUGUGUGGCAUCAGUAUGUCGGGUGGAUUUGGUACAACAGUAGGUGAGCUCCUGGCAGAAAGGAUGCGAUUGUAAAUGCUACCUGCCUGCUUCAUCCAUCGGCCAUCACUCUGAAGACUCACAGGUUUCUAGGUGGAGCCUGGUGGUCUCAGCAACUGGGAGGGGAAGUGAAACAGCUCAAAGCCCCAGAGUGGGUGAGCGGGAGUGAGGGUAGGUGUGUGCUGGCACAGGGGCCCUCUGUGGAGGCAGGAACAAGGAGGGGGCCAGAGCACCAGAACCGAGAGAAUUGUUGCUGCAUUGGUAAUGACAGAACAAGACGCAUGGCUGGCGUGGUCCCACUUUCAUCACUGAUAAGCAACUGCAGGAAAGCAAGCAACUUGUGAAUAAAAAGCUCCACUCCUGGAGGAGGAUGGUCUGAGAGGGCUCAAGCAGCUCCUGCCUAGUUUGACAAGAGGGGACUACUGCCCGGGAGGGCUCCUCUUUUUUUCUUUUAACUUUUCGCAUUGUUUUUUAAGGCAACUAAAGGGAGCAUAUACGGGUCUUUUCCUUCCCCAGCGUUCCACCAACACCCCAGCCCCAUUUCCAAGUCUGAUUUUGUUUGGGUCUUACUUCCUUUUCUUUUUCUUUUCUUUUUGAGAUUUGGGGUAUUUGCCAAAACCUAUUUCAUGCAUGUCCACUGGGGGCAGGUUCAACUUUGAUGAUGGGGGAUCAUACUGUGGAGGGUGGGAAGAGGGAAAGGCCCAUGGCCAUGGCAUCUGCACAGGACCCAAGGGCCAAGGCGAGUACGCAGGCUCCUGGAGCCACGGCUUUGAGGUGGUGGGCAUCUAUACCUGGCCCAGUGGGAACACCUAUCAGGGGACAUGGGCGCAAGGUAAACGCCAUGGAAUUGGAGUUGAAAACAAGGGCAAGUGGGUUUAUAAAGGUGAGUGGACACAUGGAUUUAAGGGACGCUAUGGUGUGCGGGAAAGCACAGGAACCAGUGGCAAAUACGAGGGUACAUGGAACAAUGGCCUACAAGAUGGAUAUGGAACGGAGACAUACUCUGAUGGAGGUACAUACCAGGGCCAAUGGGUGGGCGGCAUGCGGCAUGGAUACGGCGUACGGCAAAGCGUUCCAUACGGCAUGGCGGCCGUCAUCCGUUCACCUCUGCGUACCUCCAUAAACUCUCUGCGCUCCGAGCACAGCAAUGGCACAGCUCUGCUGACUGGCGAUCGGGCGCCUGUGGCUGGCGUGGGGGGCGGCGGUGUCCUAGCAGCGGGCAGCCCGGCCGUAUCCCGUGGAGGCUUCGUUCUGACGGCUCACAGUGAGGCAGAGCUAUUGAAGAACAAAAAGAAGGGCCUGUUCCGCCGCUCACUCCUGAGUGGUCUCAAGCUGCGAAAAUCUGAGUCCAAGAGCUCAUUAGCCAGCCAGCGAAGCAAGCAGAGUUCCUUCCGCAGCGAGGCCGGAAUGAGUACGGUGAGCUCCGCCGCAUCCGACAUCAACUCAACCAUCAGCCUAGGCGAAGGGGAAGGUGAGCUGCCAGUGGGCGAGGACGAUGUAGACGCCACUACCACCGAGAGUUAUGCCGGCGAAUGGAAGAACGACAAGAGGACAGGAUGCGGGGUGAGCCGGCGUUCGGACGGACUGCACUACCAGGGUGAGUGGUUGGGCAACAAGAGGCAUGGCUACGGAUGCACCACCUUUCAUGAUGGCACCAAAGAGGAGGGCAAAUACAAACAGAACGUGCUUGUCAGCGGCAAACGCAAGAACCUCAUCCCACUACGUGCCAGCAAGAUCCGCGAGAAAGUGGACAGGGCGGUCGAAGCGGCGGACAAGGCCGCCGACAUUGCAAAGCAGAAGUCAGAGAUCGCGCUCUCAAGGACAGCUCACGCCAGAGGGAAAGCCGAUGCCGCGAUGACGGCAGCACAGAAAGCCCAGGAAGAGUGCAGGCUGGCCCGGAUCACCGCCAAAGAGUUCUCCCCCUCUUUCCAGCACCGAGGAAACAGAGUGGAGUGCCAGCGACCCAAACAGCAGAACUCGAGUGAGAACGACGUGGAAGUUAUCUCUAGUGGGACCGCGGAUAGCACUGAGCUCUAUAUGAAGGGCUCCACGCCCCCAGACCUUACCCCAGACCUGAGCCCCACUCCAAGUCGGCCCUCCACGCCUCCCCGAAGCCCAACCACCAAAUCUUCCCACCGCACCAAAAACGCCCGCUUUCUGCGACAAACUGCAGUGGACGAGGAGCGUGGAGGAACACAAGAGAUACAGGUGCUGAUGGAGGGGAGAGGUGGUGGUGGUUCGGGUGGAGGUGGAGAGUACCUGAGGGCUAACAGUUGGAGCGAGGACAAGCGUCCCUCCCGUGGGGGCAGUAGUAGAGGUGGUAGUCGGGGCAGCAGCCGCUCCACAACUCCUUCAGUGCAAGACGAGGUACGGGUUGGGGCGGCACGGGCCAACGGCCACAAGCACUCCUCCAAUCAUAAGCCUCGAGACCACAGUUCCUCGAAUCACAAAACCCAACGGGAAAGGAGGCCAGACGGACCCUCAUCUUCCUGGACAUCUCAACGGGUACAUGGAGACAGUUUGGCUCAUUCCCGUCUCUUAGAGCAGGAUGAGGAAAAACUGAGCAAUUACGAAAUGGAGAUGAGGCCGUUGCAGCCAAUGGACUCCCAUAUCUCCCAAAAGCCCUAUGGGCAUGGGGAGGAGUGGCACAGUCACUCAGAGUCCCGUGGACAUACACUACAGCGACGGGGUAAAAAUCGUGACCGGGAACGGGUUGUCCAGGAAGCCUCAGGGCCCAGGGACGCACAGGAGGGGCCGGCUCCGGACUCAGUGCGAAAGUUGGACAGUCUACGAGUGGGGGAAAAGCUAGAGGCUCGGCCCCUCCGUAGGGACCUCACACUCUCACCCCCACAGAAAUCCCCACCUAUUGCACUAGAGCACGACGAUGAGAAUCAGUCUCAGCUCAAAGUGAACUCGGGCUCCAACUCUAUUCUGGUAGUCAUGGUGAUUUUGCUCAACAUUGGAGUCGCCAUUUUGUUUGUCCAUUUUUUUAUUUAAACUCUGCAUUGCCUAUCAAUUCCUCUUGUACAGCUACACUAUUAUCAAAUCAAUACUAGUGUCAUCACAACUGAUCUGGUUCCGGCCCGUUUUUUAAACAAACGACCAGUGUACUUCUAUUGAAGUUACAGCAUGGACUGAGGAAGGCAACGACACAAAACUGGGCUCAGCAGUUCUGUCUGCUUUUCUGUCUCCAAAGAGCUCGUUUCGAUUUCUUAAUUUCUUUUUCUUUCUUUUUUUUAUCUGAAAUGGUUACAAGCAUCCUUUUGAACUUCUAGUUUUAUCCUAUGUAUUCAUUCGCUCAUUAAUGAUGUUAUAAAUUGAUAUACUUGUUUCUCUUUUUUUAUUUCAUAUUCCUUACUUGCCUUUUUCUUGACAAUGCUGGUGGCUUUUUUCGGUUUUCGUUUGGGUUUGGUUUGUAUUUGGGUGUUGGACUUAUUUGAAUUGUGGCUUUGGUGAGGGAGGGUGUGCAAGGUGGCGUAAGGGUGAAGGGCGACCGCCAUCAACAUCUUUUCGGGUGACGGCAGCGUUACACAGCUAUGAUGUCAACAGGUUCAAAGUGAUGGGAAACGGCCCCUGUCUAACCCCACCCGCCUCCCUCGCGCACCUCUCCUAAGCAUUGCUUAUGUUUCUCCAUGUCCUCGUUUUUGUCACUCAUUGGAAUAACACGCCAAGUGCUCCUCUCAUUUCCUGUACACCUCCAGUUUCCUUCUUUGUGGUACGUCAACUACCAGCAGACUCCAGAAUGUCAUGGUGGGCCUGAAAUGAGAAUUAAAGACACUUCUUAAUUAUUCAUUACAAUGGACCUAAAACGAGUCUACAAAGCUUUUUGAUGUCUAAACACCUUCGAAUUUGCCUAAAAAUGUUGCAUAUGUCGAAAAGAAGUCGGCUAAACAAGCACAACCAAAGUGGGUUAGUAAAAGUUCAAGUCUGGUAAUCACAAAGACACAGCGCCACCAACGUUUCAGCAUCUGCAACAAUUGUACUCUGGUGAAUCUGACCUAUAUGCAUUUGGAAAAAUUCCCAGAUCCAAAAGAUAUACGAUCUGAAAGGGCUUCAUCAUUAAUCUUGCUCCAAAUGAAACUUGGAAAAAAAAAUUCAGCAGAAUAAAUCAUAACACCGUUCGACUCAUUUAUCUUUUUAUAAACAGGUCCUGGCUGCAUGUAAGAUUAUACACUGUACAUUCAACACGACGUAGCAUGGGUUUGAUCUUUGGAAGCACUUUUCUAAGUUUGAGCUUUUCUGCAGCAUUAUGUUAUUUAAACUUUGUUUGAAUGUUGUAUGAGGGCUAGCAAGCACAUGACAUUCUGUGAGGUCAUCCUCAUUACAGCGCCCCCUUACUCUCUUUGAUGAAAUCACAAGAACGUGCGAGCACCUGCCGACCUCACCAUGCACACCUGAAAGCCACAUGCUGCGCGAGAUGCUGGCGUUCCCGACCAGACAUUCAAGAGACUGUUAAAGUUUUUUUCCCAACUGCUGCUUUCAAAAAACAAAUAUUUAUUGAUAAAAGGAAAAAAAAAAACUUUUUUAGCUAUUUGCAAGACGUCUGAAAAAUGCCAACUGCCUUGUUUUUGUAAAAGUAAAAGAAAAAAAAAACAAAGUUGCAUGCUAACGUAUGUUUUCGUUUUGUAUAGAUAACCUUAUCGGGAAAAAACGUACGGAAAAGUGUGCUAGUAAGUUUUGGAUGCGGCGUAAAAACUGCUAAAUUUUAUUUGGACUUGUUCAACACAUUCUAAUGCGAAUAUAUAAGAUAUUGUACGAAUUGGUGAUUUACUUGAACGAAAACGUACCAUUUGUAGGUAAAAUUUCACCAUGAGAACGCACCUCAAAGGAGCGUAACAAUCCUAUGAAGGAGAUCGUACCAAUUCGCCACUAAUUCGCCAACAUACUUACAAACUGUUAUAUGAGUGUGUUGAAAACUGUUACUUUGAUACAUAGUGAAACAGGUCUGAUCGGGUUUGCCAAUGAUGAACCCGUGGUCCGAGUGCUGGUCUUGGCAUCCAGCGGCCUUUCCGCCCCAAAAUCUGAGACGAAACGAAAACAAGUGAAACAAACAAUCAAAGAGAGGUGUUUUGUUUAUUUUUUUAUAGCCAGCUAACAGAACGCAAAGAUUGAGAUGUUUUUAUAGCAUGUGUGUAUGGGCUUGUACUUUCCCCCUUGAGUCUGUCCUCCUGGCAAUGAUUCAUUCACAGUUUGUGUACUCUCUCUAUCCCUCUUUCUCGCCCACCUCCCUUCCUUCCACAUAUUUCUCCCGUUUCUCUAUCCAGCCGAAAAAAGGAAAACAUAAGACCAACAAAAUGAAAUGUACAAAUGACAACUAUGCUGAUGUAAAGGAACGCAAGCUGGGGGCCCAAAUGUAUGGAGUCAUACAUUUGCUCAACUCGAGUCCCUGGGUUGGUCCAAGAAGUUUGCAAACUCGCUGACUGGCUCACUUUGAUACCACAACGGCUGUAUGUGAUGGGGAUGGUGGGAUUCCAAAGGGUCUUUGAAGCAGGAAGUUGCUGCAGUUGACCCACACCGCCGGCUCUUGUACCGUUUGACCUGGAUGUAUCUGUCACCUUAUGCGCCUAUAGCAUGCCCAAGCAUGCCCAGUUCUUUUAUCUCUCUCUUUCUCUUCCUCUAUCAUUCAGUUCUUUACUUUUCCUGGGGGUCUGUUUCUUUUUGAGUUAUAUGGAGAAAAUAAUGAAAGUGUUUGAAAGUAAGCUCUUGUGUUGUGGUUAUUGAGUCUGUUUU